CAAAGGUCUCACCACAGCAACACCUUCACAUCAUUCAAGGGACGACGUCCACCAGAAGAGCAUCGAGGACGAGAAUGGGGAAGUUGGACGGCGGGGGCAUGUGGAAUUCCUUACUUCUGCUUUUAACUCUCUUUGCCACCUGCUACAGUCAGAAUGUUCCGGUCAUUGAAACAUCUAUUAUUGAACUGGGGGAGGAUCUACGUGAAGGAGAGUUCGCAUUUAAAAUCAAGGCAUAUGAUCCAGACAAUGACCCACUGACCUAUCAGAUAACCAAAGACAACGAUAUCUUCAAUGUGAGUGCACAUACUGGUGACGUCUACAUUAGAACUCCACUCGACCGAGAGACCAAAGACUUCUUUCCUGUACUAGCUAUUGUUAGUGAUGGGAUACUUGUCCCGACACAAAAAUAUAUUAACAUCUUGGUGCUAGACAGAAAUGACGAGAAGCCAGAGUUCAAAAAUUUGCCAUACAACGUAAAAGUGCCAGAGAAUGCUGCUGUGAACAUUACAGUGUUGCACGUAAUAGCGAAGGAUGAUGAUGAAGGACCAGCCGGGAAGGUCUCAUACAAAAUCGAUCAGUCCGUCCCCACUGAAGGACUCAGCAUGUUCUCCAUCUCAAAAGAAGGAGAUGUUGUGUUGGAGCAGGCACUUAAUUUCACAGAGAAGAGCACCUUUUAUCAGCUACAAAUCAAUGCGACGGAUGGCGGUGGACUACUUCACGGCAAUCCCAACCACGUUCAGUGGAACACUGCCACUGCCUUGAUUACAAUUGUUGAUGUACCAGACCUCAAUCCUCAGUUCUUAAAUCUCCCGAACACAGCUCGCGUGAAGGAGCAUUCGGCUGUGGGGACGUCCGUGUUUAAGGUUGUGGCCAGAGAUCCAGACACGGGGAUCAAUGACGUCAUCAGUUACACCAUUGAAGACAGCAACAUUAAUGGUCUGUUCCAAAUUCACCCGGAUACUGGUGUUGUUACGGUCAUGAGCGACACUGACCGAGAGGAUUUGCAGGAUGUUAAUGCCCUUGUGCAGCUCAGUGUGAAGGCCACCGAAGCUAACAUGGACGUCAAUGGUGUCCACGCGAGUGCCAUAUCGACGCUCAAUAUCCAGAUCGAUGACGUGAACAACAAGCCGCCACGGUUUUACAAGUGCGAAGGGAGCGUGUGCACAGUAGCGAGCGAGUUCACCGGCGACGUGGACGAGCAUGCGUCCGUCGGUCUGUCCAUCACAGGAUUAAACAUGAGGGUCAAAGAUACAGACGCGGACGAGAACAGCCAUUUCACACUCCGCCUCGAGGGAACGGAUAAAGCCGCCUUUUCUGUCUCGCCCUCAAGCGGCAUGUCGGACCAAGCUGUGCUGAUCGUGAUCAAAAACCCAGCCGCCAUCGACUACGAGACAAAACAAACCAUGAUUGUGCAGGUGGUGGCCACAGAUGUGGGAAAACCUGAGUUUGUGUCUACGGCUACGGUCACCAUUAAAAUCAACGACAUCAAUGAUAACGUCCCAACAUUUGAAAAAGACACUUAUGAGUUAUUGGUUCCAGAGCACUGCGAAAAUGGAAUCAUCUUGCAAACCAUUACGGCGACAGAUGAGGAUGCGCUGGACAAGGGCAACCUCACCUACAGUCUGCUCCCUGUUAGCAUCCAUACUUUAUUUAAUGUCUUCUCAAACAACGGGACCGUUUAUGUGGAAAAUGGACAAGAGCUGGACCGCGAGCGCAAGAACUCAUACUUUGCGACGCUGCAGGCCAAAGACUUGGCGGAGAACGUGGGCAGCACUGUGCUGGAGUUCAUCAUUGUUGAUAUUAAUGACCAGACACCACAGUUUCUCAGAAAUCCAUAUGAGAUCUUCAUUCGCGAGAACAAUGUGCUGAAGUACUUUGUUGAGGCUCGGGAUAACGAUGAGCCAGGCACUCCCAACAACGUAAUCAAGUAUGGCAUUGAGCCCGGGAAAUACAGCAGCAACUUCACUAUCAAUGAGAACACCGGGGAAAUAACCAGCAAAGGGCCUCUGGACCGCGAAGGUAUUGAUGUCAAGCUGAACGGCGUGAUCACACUCAACGUGACGGCCACAGACAUGGGCAUACCAGCUCUGUCCUCUUGGGUCAAUUUCAUCAUCAACAUUGAUGAUGAAAAUGACAACUCUCCUGUGUUCCUGCAAUCAGAAUACACCUUUUAUGUGAACGAAAGCGAAACAGGUGCCUUUGUGGGUUUUGUGUACGCAACCGACGCCGAUCAAACCGAGUACAACAACCGCAUAUCAUUCCGCAUUAAAAGUGGCAGUGGAGGCACCUUCCUGUGUGUGUCAGAGCCUGAUGGUGCAGACUACCAAGGGAGGAUCAUGGUGGAUCCAGAUGUAGCGCUGGACUAUGAGAGCGAAAAUAAGAGGUAUACGCUGACGAUCGAGGCCACCGAUCUAAGUGGGAGUGCUGCUACCUGCACGGUGCAUGUAGUGGUGGAAGAUGUAAAUGAUACACCACCUAGUUUCCCUAGCGGGUUAACGUUUAAGGUGGAGGAAAAUACGGUGGCGGGGACGGAAAUUGGGAAAAUUGUUGGGAGCGACAUGGACACACACCACUUGCUGGUGUACGAGCUUGUUUCUUUCUCAUGCCUCAUCAACCUCACAUGGGUUCUGUGUAAAGAGGAGUGGUUCAUUCUAAAGCCCGACGGUAUUGUGAUGACCGCAGACAGCAUAACAAUCGACUAUGAGGAGUGCCCUCAGGUGAAAAUGACCGCUAAGGUGGUGGACCUUUACACAGAGAAGGGCAGGAACAGCACAGAAGGUGUUGUCACGAUUGAUAUUACUGACAUGAAUGACAACGCACCCGAGUUCAUCCCAGUCCAGGAAUUUUUUGUGCUGAUUUCUGAGAAUGUUGAUCAAGGCAAGAGUGUGGCCCGGGUUUAUGCCAAGGACAGAGAUUCAGGAGACAAUAGGAAGAUUGAGUUUCGGGUCAAAUUAGUGGAGUUUGCCAGCACCGACCCGGACAGUAAGCCGCAGCCGAUAAACGACAUUUUCUUUGCUGAGACGGAGCAGCCAGAUGCUGACGGAAACUACAAAGGAAUUAUCAAGUCCACCAGUGUCCUGGAAUCUGACAAACAGGGGAAGUACCUGGUGACCGUGACGGCGAAGAACGGCAUUCUCGGUACAAAUGAGAUCCUGGAGCUUGUCACAGUGGACAAGUCUUACAAAGUCGGCCUCCGCUUUGAUGCAUCCGUAAGUGAAGUCAACGAAAACCUGCCGUAUAUCAGAGGGGCAUUAUCCGGAGCCACAAGAUCAAUGGUGCAUAUAGUUAAAGUGUUACCCGAUUCGAGCAACACUGCCAGGAAAGUCGUGACUCUUCUCGAGGCGUACUUCGUGUUCCUGAACGGUUCAGCGCUCAACUCGGAUGACGUUGGGAAGAUCCUGAACUCUCAGGAAGUGUAUGAAGAGUACGGCGUCAUCCUGCAGCAGUACGGUCUCACCACCAUUUUGGCCAGCACAGAGAAGCCACAAGAAAACAACACGGUGUUGUUUAUUAUGGUGGGACUCGUGGGGGGGCUGGUGAUCGUCCUGAUCGUCACUACGACGUCGAUGGUGUGCAUUAGGAAAAAGUACAAGACGAAGCUGAAGGCAGCCAAGGCCAUGAACACGGCAGCCAUGGCAGCUAAUGAGUACCAGAAGGACGGACCUGUUGUUCCUGGAACCAACAAGUACACUAGAGAGGGGGCGAAUCCGGUCCUCAACCUGAACAUUGAUGCUUCCACAGACCUGGGCUUUGACGAGGAUGCAUCUAGUGGAGACAGAGAGAGCCUCAAUUCUCUGGACUACAAUAUGGAUAUGAAUAUGAGUGACAAGGACACAAUGGCACUGAGGAUCAUUGAGGAGGAAGAGGAAAAUGGCGACGACUUUGCAGACAUUGAGCCUCUGGGUGCCGCGUUGGCUCAGAGAGGGAAAAAGAAAGACUCCCAGAAUCCCAGCCUGACCUUCGACAACCCAUCACUCAACACCACAGACCUGUAACACACCAUCACGCUGCUCUGAACUGAAACUGGAGGCACCACCACUCAUGGAUUCACAUGCUAGCUUCUCUCAUACUUUCUCCAAGCAAUUUCCAACAAAUGUCAUCACAAUAAAAAGCAUCAAUUCAUGUGAAUGUCAUACAUUUUUUUUUUUAGAAAUAUAAAGCUGAUCAGGUGCAUAGUCUCUUUAUUUUAGAACAUUAUCUUAAUAUUUAACCUGUUUGAAACGGGAUUGUAGAAUUCUCUAAUUUUUUUAAGAAAAAAAAUCUUUGCUUACAAAUCCACAGUGUAGCAGUGUUUCCUGUGCAGAAGAGAAAAGAGAGAAAUGAUCAUUUCCCCCUUCCCCUUUUACAUCUGCACUGUAAAUCACUUUACUAUAUUUUACAAUUAUAAUUGUACUUGGGCUACAUCUUUCUUUUUUAAUGUAUAUUUUGAUUCGAUGUUCAAUGCAUUGUUUUGUUUUUCUCUAUGGCAUUUUCUGAUGUAACCUUGUACGAAGUUAUCAUAAUCCUUUUUAGAAAUAAAUAUUUAUUCCACAGCGUUGAUGGUUUAAUUAGUUAGACGUUUUGUACACGACUUCUUUCUUUUGUCUUUUUGACCCUCAAGAGAAAGAAAAAAGGACAGAUCAGGAAUGACUGUUUAUAGCUGCUAUAACAUAAGUGAUAAGGGGAACUG